CAGUAGCCUCUGUCCACAGCUUCCAUGCUGGAAGCUAUUUGGAAAAGGAGAAAUAGAAAUUGGGGAAGAGAAAUAAUGCAUCAUCAUCCUGGCUGGAAUGUACAGAAGACUUUAUGCUGUUUUCAUCAUGUGGAUUCACUAGAGAAAUGACCCCUUUUGAUCAGCCAAGUAAAAUCAAAAACUUGUUUAUUUGCUGCCUGUGGCCCUCACGGCUGCUGAGGCUCUGGACUUGCAGGCGCCCACGGACAAGGAGGAAUCUGCUCGUGGGCACUGCCUGUGUGAUCUACCUGGGGUUCCUUGUCAGCCAAGUGGGUCACGUUUUACCGCAGCACAAAGGAGGACAUCGAAAGAUCAGCUCCAGGAGUCUCCAAGAUGCAGCUCAAACUCCUUUUCUGGGCAUCCCACUGGAUGGCACCCUGUCACCACCCAAUUUCCAGGAACCCCAGCUUGGUAGCAAUGGGACCUUGCUGCCACCCAAUGUAGUUUAUAUCACCCUGCGGUCCAAGCGCAGCAAGCCUGCCAACAUCAGAGGCACAGUGAAGCCAAAGCGCCGGAAGAAAAAUGCAAUCCCUGUGUCCUACGGGCAGCACUUUCCAAAAGCCACUCUUGUGGGCUGGGAAGAGGCCUUUGCCCAACAGCCAGGGCGGGCUGCACGUGCCGCUGGCACCAAGGGAGCAGCGAUUGCUCUGGAGGCAAGAAAGUACCAGCUGGAUGAACACGGGCAUAAAGGAAUGGCUAUCAUGGAGAGAGGUCACCAGAGACCUGGGAAGAUUUCUGGAGCUGUAAAGGCACAGCUCCAGCCUGAGGAAAGCAAUAUCAGGAUUUAUAGCGAGAGCCCUCCCUCAUGGAUGAGCAAAGAUGACAUCCUAAACAUGCGCAUGCUGGCAGACUCUCCCAUAGAGAGCAUUCAAGAAGUUCCUUCACAAAAAGCAGUCCUGGCAGUAUUUGCAAGAGGUCCCAGCACUACGGGAACUGCUUGUAAUCAAGGACACUGUGGAAUUGUCAAAAGACCUCUGGACAUGAGUGAGGUGUUUGCCUUUCAUUUGGACAGGAUCUUGGGGCUAAACAGGAGCUUACCUUCUGUAAGCAGGAGAUCAGAGUUCUUCCAAGGUGGUCAGGCCUGUCCUGUUAUUCUCUGGGAUUCCUCACUGAGUCCAACAGAUAAUAGUACCCAUUCUUCAGUGAGGUUAACAUGGGGACAAUAUCAGCAGCUAUUGAAGAAGAAAUGCUGGCAGAAUGGUAAAGUUCCCAAAGCUGAGUGGGGCUGUACUGAAAUUCAUCAUCAUGAAUGGUCCAAGAUGGCACUCUUUGAUUUUCUGUUGCAGAUCUAUAAUCGACUAGACAGAAAUUGUUGUGGGUUCAAACCUCUCAAGGAGGAUUCCUGUAUGCAACAAGGACUGAAGCUGAAAUGCAAUGAUCAGGAUGCUGUUGACCUGACACACAUUGUUCAGAGAAGGCAUGACCAAAGGCACUUGGCCUUCAUAGACAACAAGGGUUUCUUUGACAGAAAUGAGGACAAUCUUGACUUCAAAAUACUACAAGGAAUCAAUGAAUUCCCUGCAUCUGCAGUUUCAGUGCUGAGGAGCCAGCGUUUACGUGAGAAGUUGCUCCAGUCUUUGUUCCUUGACAAAAUAUACUGGGAGAGCCAAGGAGGCAGAAAAGGAAUUGAAAAGCUUAUUGAUGUAAUAGAAAGGAGGUCCAAAAUUCUUCUUACUUAUAUAAAUGCACACGGAGCCAAAGUAUUGCCCAUGAAUGAAUGAAUGAAUGAAACAGUCUUGUUUCCAUCUGAAAGAAAGGCUUGAAAAAAUGUUUUAUGGGGCAGAAACUGACAGUAAAAUUGAUUUAAUUCAUAGCAUUAUUUUUUUCCCAAACUUUCCAGUUUACUUUUAAAUCAGAAAUUUUACAUGGUUUAAAAGCACCCUUUUAGUGUCAGCUGCACCUCAACACAGUGUAGUGUUUUCUAUGUCACCAGUGAAAUGAAAAUAACCAAAUGAUAAUAUGCAGUAAUAUGGAGGUACCAUGAACACUCUUUCUAUUGAAGUGUUUGGAAAUUAGCAGCAGGAUUUUCAGUACAUUAGGCUGGAUUACUCUUACUUCCCUCAUUGAAGUCAGUACAUUUUAUUGCAAGUUUAAAUGGGAAAAGAGAUGUGUAAGCACUUGAUACAUUGAUGACACUAGCUGAAACAUAUAUAGUACAGGAAUUUGUUCUUUUAUUAAGUAUUCUAAAAUGCCAACAUUUCUGAGGCCUUCUUUUACUUUAUUUCAUUUUGAUCUUUUGGAAUACGAGAACAAAAUUCAGCUCUUUUAGAUGCAGGAGUGUUUGCACUGGACAUGAGGGAAUUUUAAAACAGAGUGAGGAGAACAUGGCUUUAGCAGUAAUAAUUAUUUUGACAAAUACAGUUUUUACUUGUCCAUUAUGGAGUGCAAUUCAUCAGGAAUCACUCAUUGCAAUGUAUUUUUUCAA